AUGGAAUCAUUUCGCGAUCAGAAUGUAAGUCUGGGAUCCCCUUUUAAACACAGCUAUCUCGGAAGUUUCCACCUUCCUCCGGAGAGGAGGUCGUUGCCUCUUUACACGGAGGCCCCAUCGGGCCACAUAACCAAUACCAUGAGCCUGCCGAAACUAAACCUAGAGAGGUACCGAACAACAUCGGACGCUGGCAGCAAAGCGGUGAUUGCAGCCCUGAAGACUCUCCAGGAAAAGAUGCGCCGCCUGGAGCUUGAGAGGGUCCAGGCGGAGAGCAGCAUGAAGCAGGUGAUGCGAGCCGCCGACCGCAACACCGCAGCCACCGAGCGGCCACUGAGGCGUAAGGAAACCCCGGAGAGAGAGGGCAAGCCCAACAAAGACCUCGUCUCACAGUUGGAGUCAGCUGAAGCCCGCUGUUCCCUUCUGGAGAAACAGUUGGAUUACAUGAAGAAGAUGUUGGAGUCGGCCGAGCAGGAGGGAAACUCCACCAUACAGAAACAGGUGCAUGUCCAGAGAGAGAGGCUGAAGGACCAAACUGGACUUCUAACGCAGCUGGAGAAGCUUGAGAAGCUGGAAAAAGAGUACCUGAAAUUAAGCAGCACUCAGUCCGUAGCACAGAAGAAGAUUGAGCUCCUUGAACAGAAAUUACGCGAGGAGGAACAUGAGCGAAAACUCAUACAGGAGAAAGCAUCUGAGAAAACAGCAGUGGUGGCUCCAGCCCAUCUGACUAAUCCCAAGGCCAAGCAGAUGCCCUUUGUGGCUGGAAUGUCCACAGGCCGCAGUCACUCAGUGAGCGCCAACGUGCAGAGCGUCCUGCACAUGAUGAAGCACCACCACCCGCAGCUGUGCGACCCGGUGCAUUCCCUCAGGAAGCCCGGCUCUGACACCAGGAGGGGCGCCCGUCGCGCCCUGUCCUCCAGCCAGUCAGACCCCGCCCUGGACAGCCUGUCCGAGCUGCUGCUUGCGCUGCAGGACGAGCUGGGACAGAUGAGCUUUGAGCACCAGGAGCUGGUGAAGCAGAUUGAGCUGACGGGGAAGCAGAAGUUGAAAGAGGACCUGGAGCGGGAGCUUGACUGUCUGGUCAAGCGUAUGGAAGAGAAGGGGGCUCAGAUCUCCCAGCUUAGAAAACACCAGCUAGUGGUGCAGAAGCUCACGCAGAACUCCCAGAAUCCAAAGCAGCGGGCAGCCAGUGCUGAUGGCAGAAUAGGUCGGGUGAGCUGCAGCAAGUCGCUGCCAUCCUCUCCGGUGCAGAAGACCCCACAGGGCCCCAAGAGCAAGGGUAACCAGGGCAACCGGCAGCCGCCCAAGAGGGCAGUGAGGCUACAGACCAAUCUGAAGAAAGAUGACAUCAUGUGGGAGACGUAG